AUGCCUGACGGCUCCAUUGAUACUCCAACUACCACCGAAUACCUUGGCCCAGAAGAGGAUAGGUUCUCUGGCAUCAAGAAUCCUCCCGAACCAAAAUUGAAAAUCCUAACAGGAAAUGACGCCCCUUGGCCAGGAAGUAGCUACGUCAUCGGAUACCAAAAUACAUCAAAGGUCCUGACAUUUAAGGACCAAGGCGUUAUACUUGCUGAAUACGAAGGAAAGCCAACGCAGCGGUGGGCGUGCCAUGCUCGAGAUGGCUGGUUGGGCUUCGCAAACGACCCAGGUGAAACUACGCGCUGGCUUGGCUUCGACGAUAUAAACAAAACUGACCCGCUGCUGAUCUGCUGGGCCCCUAAUAUCAACGGUAGUUGGGAAACGUUUUGUGUGAUGAAGAGACCUGAAGACGGUUUCCUUGUGUUUAAGAGGGUUGACGAAAGGUUGAGGCCGAUAGGAACAGGGCCGGAUGGGAGUCUAUCUGUCAGAGGAAACUGGUAUCAUUGGUGGGGAUUCACGAAGAUAUCUUAG